GGAUGUAAGGCCCGGGAGGUUUGGCAGCAUUGCUAAAUGUUCUAUAAAUGUUGUGGUACCACCUGACUCCGUUCAUUUUGACUCGAAAACUGAAGGGGCCGGGAGCUAGCGUCUGUCUGGGAUACUCGUGUGGCAUUGCUCAAAACUCAUAUUAUAUGGUUGACCGUUGCGGGAAGUGAUAUCGAGACAAGGGCUGGAACGUCGACUGCUAUGAGGAAAUUACCGAAAAGUUUGUGCAUAAGAACAAGAGACGGUUGUGCUGAUAUCUAAGCAUCCCACAUCCCUUCACGAUCGGUUACACGUGCGCGAGUGUGUACGUCUGUGUGAGCGUGUAGGCGCAACAAACGUGUGUACGCGUGUGUGUGUGUGUGUGUGCCGCGGCGGGCAGGUGAGUGAAUCAAGUCUGCCGAGUUUGGUCCGUGACAAGCGUGGACCCCCUGAACUCUUAUAGACAAAUAUAGGAGUGUUGCUAUAGUUUUUAUCCUCUAACAAAAUAAUGUCGAGUGAAAGAGAUGCCUCGGAGACCACGGAGGAAUAUGUGGCGAUAAAACUCAUGAAAAAGGACCAGAGCUGCCACAUGAGGAGCGGGAAGAGUAAGGAGGAGGAGGAGGAGGUGGUGGAAGAAGGGGAGAGUGAGGGGAGAGAUUAUACCCUCACCGAAGAGACAGUACAAGAGAUUCUAGGCCCCGUGGAUGACACUGAGUGUGCGGUGGGCGGGGCGCUGCAGAGGCUGGCCACGCCCCUGUCUUACAUCGUGUUGUCCAGCGCGGCGGCUCUGGUCCAAGGAAUGUUUUAUACCUUUGCCAACGCUACGCUGUCCACCAUUGAGAGGCGUUUCAGGCUGCCCAGCAAAGUGUCCGCCUUCGUCACCACUGGGAAUGACUUGGUGCAACUCUUCCUCGGCAUCCCCCUCGCCUAUGCUGCAGGGAGGGGGCACAGACCACGAUGGCUGGCCCUCAGUAUGCUCGGAGCCGCCGCCGCCUGCCUCCUCGCCACCAGUCCCCACUUCAUCUUCGGGGCCGGCGACCUUGCCUCCUCCGUGACCCAGAAUGACCUCACAGCCGCAAAUAAGGGGCUAUGCAGGGGGCAGCAGGAGGGGAAAGAGGCGGCAGGAGCAGGAGGCGGAGCAGAGAGUAACUCGUCUUGCACAGAGGGCGGAGGUGACAUCAGCACGGAGCAGUACGCCGUCGUCACCCUCCACCUCCUCGCCCAGGUGCUGGCAGGUGUGGCUUCCCUCAUGUACUACACAAUUGGUCACACUUACCUAGACGACGCCGUGACGAAGGACAAAGUGCCGAUAUUCCUGGCCAUCUCGGGGGGCUUUCGCAUCCUGGGGCCGGUGUGCGCGUACUCCCUUGCCUCGUGGUGCCUCUCCAUGUGGGUGGACCCAUCGCUGGAGCCGCCCCUGCCUCCCCGACACCCGCAGUGGAUAGGGGCUUGGUGGAUAGGAUACUUGGUGAUUGGGUCGUGCCUGGCCCUGGAGGCGUGGCUGCUGGGACUCCUGCCCAAGACUCUCCCGGAGGCGCGGCGGCGGGCCCUCAGGGAGCUGUGGAAGGCGGCGGAGAAGGGCGGGAGGGAGGGCGUGCGGGCUUUGGCUGUUACUCUUCGUCCAGCCCACCGUAGCCCGCUCAGAGGUCUGAUCGGGGGGAUGCGGCGGCUGAUCAAGAACAAGGUGUACAUGUUGAUCGUCUUGAAUCAAUCCAUCUUCUGGUUCUCCUUCAUCGGCUACAUCACGUUCAAACCCAAGUUCCUCGAGCAUCAGUUCAAAAUGUCAGCCGCGCGGGCCAACCAGUACAUAGCGGGGGCGGCUCUCGCGGCGUCGCUGGCGGGGUGGCUCAUAACCGGCUCGACUCUGACCUUGUUCAAGCCUCGGUCUCGCUCGGUGCUGACCUUCAUGUCUUGCCUGUCGUUGCUCAACUGUUUCCUGCACCUAAGCAUGGUUAACGUUUCUUGUGAUCGGGAAGUUAUACACGGAAUGGACACGGUUCUUCAGGGGGGCGGCGUCCCUUCCCCAGGUCCUCUUGACGCCUCUGGAGCCUCAGGGGUGGAGGGGGAGUUGGGGGAGUGCCUAACGGAGUGCAGCUGUACCUCAAAGUUCUCCCCAGUGUGUGUAGAUGGGCGUGACACCUUCUACAGUGCUUGUUUCGCUGGGUGUACAUCUUUCACUUCGCCCUUCGCCUCUCUCACAACUACGAACUCUAGCGCCACCACUGCGAACUUCACCACCACGACCACCAAGAAGGUAUAUGAAAAAUGCACUUGCGUUGCUACUAUUAUGAACACCUCCAGUCACAUCCAACCGUCAGCCACUUCGUCAGCACCUUUGUCAGGAGGGUGGUCAGGGGCGCCGUCAGCAGUGGAUGGUUACUGUAGCCACGAGUGCCCUGCUUUCUAUAUGUACCUCGCCCUCUCCGUGCUGACCAAGAUGACCCUGGCAGCGAGUAGAGUGCCCGUCAAUAUUAUACUCUUCAGAUGCGUUGAGCCCCGUGAUAAAAACCUCGGGCUGGGGGUCUUCAAUUCCGCCCUCGCCCUUGCAGCCUUCAUUCCAGCGCCAGUAGUCUUCGGCUGGGCUAUAGACACCGCGUGCUGCCUCUGGGAGGAGUCCUGCGGGGGUCGCGGCUCCUGCUGGCUAUACGACAUCGAUGCCUUCAGGAAAAUACUGCACGGCAUUCCGGCAGGGCUCAUGGCGUUGUGUUUCCUGACGGAGUUGGUGUUAAUCUUCCUCCACAAGUCCAUCCACCUCUACGGCUCGGCAGGCACGAUGUCCAAAGACCAAGAAAAGUAGAAAGGCCCCUAACAGCUCACUCACGCAGCGGGUACCUGAGACAGACGACGAGCGGGUCUGUCCUGUUGCUCAGAGUGAAAGACUUCCAUGAUUUACUGUUUAAAGGUGGCGUUACACUGGACCAAAUCUGGCGAGCACGAGCUUUUGCUGGCAGCUUUUGCUGGAGGGAUGGCUUGCUCCCGAGUUUUUGCUCCUGCGUUUAGCUCGCCGCUUGGACGGGGAGCAGCUCGGCGAGCCGCAAGCAGGCAGUCAAAUGAGCUCUUUGGUGCACCGAUAUGUGAAUAAUAUAUAUUACCUAGUGUAUUGAAUCCGUAUACCCAUGAUAUUAGAAAACUUAUUCACAUACUCCUUUUAUGUUUGACGGUGUUUGUAAUAUUUUAUAAUGUUGAGAAAAGUAGUGUUGGCCAAAGACCAAGACCAAGACCGCCCAGGCCAGCUGAUACAAACACUCGCCAUGGCCACCUCUCCUCGUUCAAAAGUUCACUUGUUCUCCUUCAGUGUACACUCUUUGAUAGCAAGAGUCAGGGACCAUCCCGAGUUAUGGGACCACAGCCAUCCAGAUUUCUGUAAGUCUACGCUGAAGAAAAUUAUGAUGUACACAUCAUGGGUCUCCCUUCUCUUCAGCCAUGACCGAACCCAGACUCGUCUUUUCUUCUUCUGAGCUCGUUGAAUAACAGCAAGUAAUGCUGUCACAGCUGCACACUUAGCCGUAAUGCGAAGCGUAGGUGUAGGAAGCACCAUGGUUGAGGCUUUGUUUACAAUGUUGCUCGUCGCUCGACCCUCGUCAGUGUGACGACAACAGUGACUUGCUCGAGAGCAAAAGCUGCCAGCAAGAGCUCGUGCUCGCCAGAUUUGGGUCCAGUGUGGCGCCAGCUUAAAGCUCAAAAAAUAUGUAAUUUUAGCACAUAUCAUCUCACCUGUUGCGAUAAACCGAUGUUCAAAACAGCCUAGAGUACAUUUUAUGUAAUAAAAUAAUGAAAAUUGGAAAUUUACUGUCUUCUUCAUUGAACUCCCAAUGCCGACAUCCAACAGUUGUCAAAUUUGUUGGCAGUAAAGGCGGUGUCACACUAGCACUUUUUCCGUCAACUUUUUCCGUCGUUUUUCUGAAAAUCGUCGAUAUCUUGGCUGCGGCCUGUCACACACAAACGGUGUUUCGUCUGAAACUUUCCGUCGGCACAGACCAAGGAAUGUAAACAAACAUGGAGUCCACGCUGCGGCAAAGAUACGCUGCUCUGAACCUAAUACUGUGUAUUGUGAGACUUAGACGAGCUAAACAAGCCAAAAAGCGUGCAUGGAUGCGCUCAUGGUUGGCUCGUCGGGAAAGAGAAAGUGUGUACCACAGGCUGUUAAAAGAGCUGAGUUUAGAGGAUCAUGAGACUCUGAAGAAUUGGAUCAGGUUGGACAAGAGCCAGUACCACAGACUUCUGGAGUUAGUGACACCUCUUAUUGCCAGAAGUGACACCAGGAUGAGGAAGGCUGUCACUGCAGGAGAGCGUUUGAGACAGAUUGAAGCCACGCGGAAAGUCUCGGUCUUGGUCUUGGAAAUGUAAACAAAGGCGGAAAUUUGCAGGCGGAAACGAUCCUGAUCGUCUGACAAAUUCAUGCGAUAAGUUCAUGCGGAACGAUGAAAAAUCGACGG